UAGUCCUUGACAGCAACAGUACCAUCCCAAAUUAUUUCAAUUCAUCCUCCUCACUCAUCCUCCUGCAAUCAAACGACAUGGAUCUGAGCCUCGCAGCCUAUUCUUCUUCUUCUUCUUCUUCUUCUUCCACCCAUUCAUUCACACAUGAUGUCUUUCUGAGCUUCAGAGGUGCGGAUACGCGCAACAAUUUCACUGGCCAUUUGUACAGUAAUUUGGAUAACAAGGGAAUUAAGACCUUCAUAGAUAAUGACCUUACAAGAGGAGAAGAUAUAACAGAGGGGCUUCUCGAAGUAAUUGAAGGAUCAAGGAUUUCCAUUGUUGUAUUUUCUGCAAAUUAUGCAUCUUCAAAGUGGUGCUUGGAUGAACUUGUCAAGAUCUUUCAAUGUAAAGAAUCCAAGCAACAAAUCGUUUACCCAAUUUUCUACAAGGUAGAUCCGUCAGAGAUACGAUACCAGAAGGGCCAGGUUGGUGAUGGAAUUGCUCACCUCAGCAAAUACGAGGAUAACUUAACGAAGGUGGGGAGUUGGAAGGCAGCCCUUACACAAGCAGCAACUUUGUCUGGGUGGCACAUCUCGGAUGGAGGGCAUGAAGCGAAUGUUAUUGAUGAAAUUGUUAAAGUGAUAUCAACCAAAAUAAUGAAAUGCACCCCUUUAGAUGUGGCAACACAUCCUGUUGGAAUAGAAUCUCGUGUAGAAGACAUAAUUAAGCUCUUAAAUGUAGAGCAAGGCGAUCCUCACAUGGUAGGGAUAUGGGGAAUUGGCGGAAUAGGAAAAACAACACUUGCAAAAGCUGUUUACAAUUCAAUUAGCCAUAAGUUUGAACAUAGUUGUUUCUUGAAAAUUGUUAAAGAAAAAUCACAUGGAGGUCUUGUUGAGAUACAAAAUAAUUUUCUUUCUAAGAUUAUAGAGAGGAAUCCACCUAAUGUCGCCAAUGUUGAUGAAGGAAUCACUGUGCUGAAGCAAAACCUAAGACAGAAAAGGGUUCUCUUAGUUCUUGAUGAUGUGGACAGCUUGGAUCAAUUAAAAAAACUUGCUGGAAGGUGUGAUUGGUUUGGUCCAAGAAGUAGAAUUAUCAUAACAACAAGAGAUACGAAUUGCCUAAGUGCCCAUGAAGUCAAUUCAAUAUAUGAGGUCAAGGAAUUAAAUCAUCAAGAAGCUUCAAAGCUCUUCAAUUUCAAUGCCUUCAAAAGAAAUAUAUGUCUGGAUGACUUCUUUGAACUUGCAAAUGAGGCAAUACAUUAUGCAAAAGGGAUUCCGUUAGUUUUGGAAGUUUUAGGGGCAGAUCUAUGUAGUAAAGAGGAUAAGGAUGAGUGGAAAGAGGCAUUAGAGUAUUACAAGAGAUAUCCUAACCAAGAGAUUAAAAAAACUCUCCAAAGAAGUUACGAGGCAUUGCCUGAUCGGAUAAAAGAAGUUUUUCUUCAUAUUGCAUGUUUCUUUAAAGGUGACAAACAAAGCUAUGUGAUACAUGCACUACAAAGCUGUGACCUGUAUCCCAAAAUUGCUCUCAAAGUCCUCGUAGAAAAGGCCUUAAUAAAAAUUGAGAAAGACAAUCGCAUUUGGAUGCAUGACCAUUUAGAAGACAUGGGAAAAGAAAUUGUUCGGCAAGAGUUUCCUGAUGAGAAAGGAAAACGCAGUAGACUGUGGCUAUAUGAGGAUGUUUGCGAGGUUCUUGAGGAAAACAAAGGAACGGAUAAAAUUAAAGGCAUCAUGGUAAGAUGUUUUUAUCCAGAAAAGAUAUGCUUAAACAGCGGAAGCUUCACAAACUUGAAAAAUCUUCAAAUUUUUAUAGUCCAUGGAAGGAUGCUUUAUGGAGAGGGCGUGGAUUAUCUCCCCAACCACUUGAGGUUCCUUCACUUAACGCUUCAAGCAGUCAAGGGAUUUAAUUUGAAGGAUAUGCGAUAUUUGAAAUCUAUCAAAUUGUCGUUCUCUAAUGGUUUAACAAGAAUUCCCGACAUGUCUGGAUUAACAAGCUUGGAGUAUUUGGAGCUGUCUAAUUGUUUUAGUUUAGUUGAAGUUCAUCCUUCGGUUGGCCGUCUCGAUAAGCUCGUCAUUUUGAAACUCACCCAUUGUGUAAAGCUGCAGAUGUUUCAAGAGAGGAUCAACUUGAAAUCUUUGGAAACUCUGGAUCUCUCUUAUUGCCGUCUUCUUAAGUUCGUCCCUGAAAUUGAGGGAAACAUGAAGUUUUUGAAUCGCCUGGAUCUAAGUAGGACUAACAUCAAAGAGUUACCUUGCUCAGUUGGAAAUCUCACUGGCCUUAAAUCCUUGUCUCUAUCUCACUGUGGUAAUCUGACAAAUGUACCAUCGAGCAUCUUCUAUGGAUUGCAACGUCUGGAGGAUCUAGAUCUACGGUGCUGCUAUAACCUUGUUACAUUUCCAGCAAAGUCAGAAUCACUUCCUCCACCGGUCUUUUCAACUACCCUGACAAGAUUACAAGUUGAUUUGAGCUAUUGCGAGCGGCUUGAAGAAAUUUCAGAAUUUCCACGAGAAAUAGCUUGUCAGUUGGAAGGUUGUGGGUCAUUGGAAAGAGUUUCAUACUUGUCAAAAAUUUUGGAGAGUAAAGAUUCAAAAAUGUUCGGUCGGUUGGACUUGACUACUUGUCCGAGACUCUGCGACAAUCUGGCUCGUGGAGUAGUAUUUCAUGUGGCCAAGAAGAGAAAGAUGACAUUAUCACCGUUUGCGGGAACCAAGGAAUUGAUGGGAGAGGCUCAUAAAUUGGCGGUUCUGUUGAUUCUUUUUUUCUCUGGUGCGAAAUCUGAAGAAUUCCAAGUAGAAUUUCCCGUAAGUGGUCCGAUUCCGUUUCCAAACUGGUUCACCUGCUGCCGUCUGUAUAGGGAAUUAAUAAUUAAAGAGCAUGAAUUUUGCUUUGAAAUUCCUCAAAACUCCAAUUGGUACAGCAAAGGGUUGGCUCUCUGUAUUCAAUCGAGGUUUCCUGAGGUCUCUUAUUCUGUUUACAUCAAUGGAGUAAAGUUUGAUGAAAUAAGAAGGACAAGGCGCCAGAUUGUGUGGGUGCAUUAUAUUCCAUUGGAUACAGUAAUAAGGAGGGUGAGUAGGUGUGGGAUGCCGCCACCUGAUAUGUUUCGAGUUAUGUUUCGUUUUGAAGAUAAUUCUUAUGGAAGUGCGGGAAGCUGUGGAGUCCACCUGAUCGAAGAUUUGUAAGAAGAAAGCCGAUAAUAGUCCAGCUGACUUCCAAAACGCAUUCUGUUGUCCAAGUAUAUGCUCUUUCUGCUGCCACUGAGUAUGACAUUGACACACCCGAGUUACUAAACAUGAUGCUGGAUCAUCAUCAUACAAUGUUAAGGAGUUCAAUUUAGAGGAAAUGAUUGAGUGAAUCUCUGGAACCAAACCUCUAGAGCAUGAUCAAUGGGGUUGAUAAUACCUACACCGAGGGUCUAUAUGUCUGAAUUAUUAAGUUGAAUUGCAAAGGAACUAGAUGCUCCAGAUAUGGCUGACACAAUAGAGCAAGUGGAUUAUGUACUUCAUUAGCAAGCAAGGUUGGACCUACCAUGGAUUUCAUUCAUUUUUGCCAUGCCUAGUCAAACACACCUCAAGAGGGUUUGGGUCUCUUGCAGCUUUGCUGGCAUAGUGAAUCCUGGUCCUCUUCUCCAGUCAAUUGUCACUAUCCCAUUAGCGAGUGUAAUGGAUUCUGUUUCACAAGGUUACUUCCAAUGUGAGUGCACAGUUGGUCUUUGUUCUGUUUAUCUUUAAAAAUAAUACUAGGAAAGAAAAAUUUGCCGACUAAAGGCAUCCUUUGUUCAACCAGGUUGUCCAGACCUUCUGGGUUCUAAUGUCUACCUGAAAUUAGUUCAGCACUCUUUUCGCUUGUUUUCAUUUUCUUUUAGUAUAGGCAGUAAUGUUUGUGAGUUGGUUUACCUUUGUUACUGUGAAGUUCUUGAUGAAUAAUCUGAUUAAGAUGAAAGGAGAACAGCAUUUGGGCCUCUUAAGAAGAAGGCAAUACAUGCUUGUUGCAAGUUUGGGUCAUCCUUGAAAAAAAGGUUCAAGGGGUAGAGUAAUGUCUGCCCAGAUUGAGGAGGACACUGAUGCAGAAGAGUUGCAGGCGGGUGGAAGCAUUUCACCAAGAGCUUAUAUUUGAACAACAUGGUGAUUGAUCAACAUAUAUAAGAUGCUGAGAUUUUUGAGGGCCCAGCAAGUGUGGGAUGAUAUGCUCAACUUGAGGAAGGAAUUUUUCUGUUCAACUGUGAUAGACUGAUCUAAUCAGUGGAAUGCCAAACUGAUCGAGAUUUAAUUAGUUUAGUACUGGGUUCUACUCUACACUCAUCUUUGCAACUCUUGAUAUUUGACAAGGUGAAAAUCAGCAAUGUUGUCGUCUUAAGGCAAGCUAAAAUGAAUCUAGAGAUCUGAUCGAGACAAUAAUGAGUCACUGAGUUUAGAUAACUUCUUUUUCUAGGAGCUACUAGCGCAGACAAUCUUUCCAGUAUGUAUUAAAGGUUGGUCUUGUGGAUUUGAACUUUUGAAGGUGCUGUCUUCUAAUUACAUAUGCGCAAUGAUCUAUGUAGAAUGCAUUGUAAAGUGCUUUCAAGAAGAUUUUGGAUUCUUGGUAGCAGCCUUGCAUGGUGUAAUACAUCCCUACUUUUCCGUCAAUUCUCAGCAGUCUGGAAAUGCCAACAUGUAUUCUGCAUUGUACAUCUGCAUACUAAUGCAAUCAUUUCGAUUUUGCACAGCUCGUGUCUUAGAGAGACCAUGAUCCUACCUCUGCAGUAGGAAUACGAAACCUACACGACUACUAUAAAUGCCCAUACCUCCAACACAAAUUGUUCCAACUGGUGCAAGGUUAACAUUGACAAAGUCUUGCAGCUCUGUCUCUGGAAGAUUUGGUGCAGGAGAAUAUCAUGAAGGAAUUUAGCAACUGGAUCAUAGGUUUUUCUGUAAGCCAUGCUCUUGUUACAUGCUCUUGUUUCACGGGUCUUCUUAUUCCAGCUUAGUUAAUCUACAAAGAGAGCCUAUUCUGUGACACUAGCUGGGACAUCUCAGUGACUCGUGUCUAGCUACAAGGAAGUUAAUGAAACAGCAGAUAACUUGCCAAGCUUGAUCAUCCUUAGCUACAAGAAGUCUUAUGGAUUUGUAAAGACCGGCGCUUUGCAAUAUUGCAAAUGCAAUGCUAUAUAGUUUCUUUCGUGCUUAGGUGCCAGACUUCCAAAAGAAAGAAAAGAAAGGGAAAUUUGAGCCUAAAAAUUCUUUCGUGCAAUGCAAUGCACCCUAUGUAGAUGAAUUUUAGAUACUUACGGCUUUGUGUGCCACAUGAACGUGUUUUUUUUAGGGGUCGUGACGACUUACCCAAUUUGAGCCUAAAAAUUACUCACUUAUUCCACUGAGAGUUUUUGAGUCUCAUUUAUCCGAUCUAACAUUUAUUGAUA